GCUUCACAGUCUAACAUAUUGAAAGCAUGGGUGAUUCCUCUGCUAAUGGUAAUGUCUACCUCAUAGACCGAAAAAAAGUGUACGAGCCAGUGAAACCGUCUCCAUUGGAUAACCUCAUCAAAGUCUACGGACUCGAGGAAACUGCUCGAUCUUUGGCAAGAACAAAUCCAGAUGGCUCCAAGGGAGUCAAACUCAGAAAAUCCUACAAGAACCAUAUUCAAGAUUUACCAGGAAAACACAAUAUACCCAAAGCUAAGCCCGUACCGAAUGGGCUCUUGGACCCGAUGUUAAGUCAAUUUCCAAAUAUUAUCAAACCUAUAGAGAGCAAACUUGUCAAUAAGGCGUUGGAAUUCGACAAGACGCCCUUGAACGGGAUCCCUGGCUUCAACACCGCCGAUUUAGGUAUCAGUGACCAACAAACUCUCAUGAGAAGAGAUGACGGCUCGGAGAUGGAUGAAGAUAAGCGCAAGAGAAAGAAGAAACAGAUGAAUGGUGAUACUCCCAAGAGAAUACACAUAUGAAAACACGCCAGCACUUGCUCUAAUGAAUGACGAUAAAACCUCACCAGAAACACAGACGGUUACCCUGUUAAUACUAGAAUUUUUGUAUACUCUUACUGUUACAGCUUUAAUAAUACAUAGUCUAUGGGUCUUCGUUCGAGCCCCCUCGUAACUCCGUCACCGAAGUGAACCUGGCAUACCGUUUCAACGGUUUCAAAGGUUUGUUGAUGAGAUUCAUGGGCUUCCGUUUAGAUCGUUUGAACUUAUUUCUCACCAAUCCUCCAAGAUGCCCGAGAAUAGCCCUGACCAAAAUCUUCCUUACAAUCAUCGUAAACUCCAAUACCGAAAGAAUCUUCUUUUGAAUCAAGAUCUCGGGUAACACCAACUUGAAGUCCUCUACAUUCAACAAUCGCUUAUACCCUCCUUUAAGCUUGAUGGAAAUCAGAAGUGACACAGGAUUGACCUUCAAACUGUUGACACUGACAUAGUUUUUCGACCGGUUAACCAUGACGUCCAAUUGUUCAUCGUACUGCUGUUCAGAACCAGAUGACUGCGUGAACGACUUGGGGAAAAGAUGUGAACUUCUGUUUGUAACCCUCUUUGAGGGAGACCCAAUGGUAAGCUGGUCAGGAUUUGUUGAGGACUCUGAAUCGCUUGGGUCUGAUUGGCUUGAGCUAGUAUCAAAAUUCACUUUACUCUUCUCAUCUCCAUUGGAGGCCUUUCCGUUGAAAUCUAAAUCAUUUGUGACUUCUGCUUCAUGUCUGGCCAUAGGAUUAUCACCAAGAUCCGUUAGGUCGGCCAAUUCAGUCUU